UAAAAUCUCCCAGUACUAAAAUAUAUGAGGGCCGAACUAGUAGUGACCAUUGGGGAAUCCUCGGUGUUCCAUAUUUUUUUUCUUGAUUGUUGUUUUACGUGAACCAUGCAGUUGAGACAGCGAAACCCUCGCGCAUUGAACCUCUAGUGCUGUGGGCAGCGUGGAAAUUCACCUUUCUCCUCAAUCAACGGCAGCCCAGCCUCAACCCAUACCAGCAGUAAACACAACCCAAUUUGACUUGGCAAAGGGCGCACGCGAAGACAGAGGCGGGCAGCGUGAUUUACUGACCCCGCGACCGUGUUCCAAGAGGCUAUUUGUAGUGCCAGUUAACCUGCCCUGGCCAAUAUCCGCCCCGUUCCCUCCGGAGGGCUCUGAGCAAGAGGUUUCAGGGAUUCUAGUGCCUCGAGUGUCGUGAUGAGCCACCAACGAUAUCCCUCAGAUGCUGUCAAGGAGCCGCAUUCUAUAUCGCUAAAAGUGCUCCGCUUAUCCCGCCCAUCUCUCGUUCCCCAGUAUCCAGUGAAGUCUCCCCUCGGGGCCCAGACGGCGGGCGAGGCCUCGGCGCCGGCGUCCCUGGCUUACAGCUCAGAGGACGGCACCAACUCGGACCCCUUCAUCUUGAGCCCCAUCCUGAAUCUGCCGCCAUCGUUCGGGUCCGCCUACGUUGGAGAGACGUUCAGCUGCACCCUGUGUGCGAACCAUGACGCCCCCGUGGCGCCGCCGGGGGCUCCGCCGGCCAGGGCGAAGCAGGUGCGCGAUGUGCGCAUCGAGGCCGAGAUGAAGACGCCCGCGUCGGCAAACGUGACCAAACUCGACCUCGGCCCGGACCACGCGGGCGGGAGGACGGGCACGGGCGGGGCCGGAGGGGUCGACCUGGAGCCCGGCGGGACGCUCCAGAAGGUGGUGAGCUUCGACCUCAAGGACGAGGGCAACCACGUGCUCGCCGUCACUGUCAGCUACUACGAGGCCACCGACACGAGCGGGCGCACCCGCACGUUCCGGAAGCUGUACCAGUUCGUCUGCAAGCCGUCGUUGAUUGUGCGCACCAAGGUCAGCGCGCUGCCGACCGGUGCCGUCGCCGCCGCCACGGAGAAGGAGCUCACCACCCCCGCGCGCCGGUGGGUGCUCGAGGCGCAGCUGGAGAACUGCGGCGAGGACCCGAUCCAGCUGGAGCGCGCCGUGCUGGACCUCGAACCCGGGCUGACCUACACCGACUGCAACUGGGAGGCGGCCGGGGGCCAAAAGCCCGUGCUCCACCCGUCCGAGAUUGAGCAAAUCUGCUUCGUGGUCCACGGGACCCCGACACCGGCCAGCCUGGUCGACGGGAAGGUGAUAUUCGGGAUCCUGGGGGUCGGGUGGAGGGGCGAGAUGGGAAACAGGGGGUUCCUAUCGACGGGAAAGCUGGGCACCAGGUUCAUCGUCUAGCCCCUAAACACACAGAUGGCAUGCAAUGAGCCGUCUCGUGUCCCACCAGCUAUCCCCUAUGUACACUAUACAUCUGUUCGUCGGGGAGGUGCAAACACAAAACAUUUCAGAUAAUUACCCGAGAUGAAGAAAUGACGGGCGAUAUGCACGUCCCAGGAGUUCUGGCGACCGGGUGCUGCCGCCCCAUGAUCCUGGCGGAAGCCAAGAGGGCCAGACGGGCCGUCAAAAAGGGAUCGCCGCUGCAGCACGGCGGCUGGGCAGAUACAUACGAAAAAGGAAGCGGGGUCAAGUGAACGUCGAUGAAAAAAAAGAAUGAUGGAAUCACAAAUGGAAACCAGGCGGUACGCAUAAGAUGUUUAUCCUUCAUUUGCACUCAAACACAGUCGUUUGCAUAGUUGUAGGCGCAACAAGCUCGACACUCAUUUGUUGCUUGAAGAUGAUGUGCCAGGCGGUUCCAAGCCGAA